CUCCACGACUGUCUCUCCGUCGGCUAUGUCCAUGCGGACCCAUGGUCUACUUGCUCUCAACUAAUACAUAAGCCCUUCCAGCUAUCCACCACCCCGUCAACCACAUCCUGUACAUUCCCGAUCAAAUACCUACAUCUACUAUCCGCAUCGACUCGGCUAUCCUCGGCAACUAUGACUUCUGCUCUGUUCACCAUCCCCAUCGCCUCUGGCGGCAGCAUUGUCUGCAGUAAUCCGACGUCCUCGGAGCAGGAGAAGAACAUCUACCUCCUGACCUUCACCUCGCCCAAGGACAACCGACUCACGCCGGCCUUCAUCGAAGCGCUGCUGCUGGCCCUGGAUGUCGUCGACCACCGCUACCCCAAGGGCGUGCUGAUCACCACCAGCGGCAUCGCCAAGUUCUACAGCAACGGGCUGGACCUCGAGCUGGCGCAAUCAACCGAGGGAUUCAUGGAGAACCACCUCUGGAAGCUAUUCCGACGAUUCCUAACAUACCCCAUGCCCACAAUCUGCCUGCUGAACGGACACGCCUUCGCGGCAGGCUGCAUGCUCGCGAUGUACCACGACUACCGGAUCCAGAACCCGAGCAAGGGGUUCCUGUGCAUCAACGAGCUGGAGUUCGGCGUGCCGCUGCAAUCGCCCAUGAUGAGCAUUUUCCGCGAGAAGCUGACCCCGCCGGCGUUCCGGGACUUGGUGCUCGAGGCGAAGCGCUUCACGGGCGCGGGCUCGGUGAAUGCCGGGCUGGUGGACGCUCUGGGCGGUCUGGAUGAGACGCUGGCGUUCGUGCGCGAGCGAGGCCUGCAGAAGAAGGCGGCCACGGGCAUCUACGGCACCCUGAAGGAGGAGAUGUAUCGGCAUUCGUUGGAUAUUGUGGAUGGGCAUGAGAAGAACCUGGAGUGGAGGGAGCAGGUCGAGGAGAGGAAUGAGAGGGUCGAGAAGGAGGGGUUGAGGGCUGUGGAGGCGUGGGAUAAGCAGAGGGGGUCGAAGCUUUGAAGGAAGAGUAUAGAAUUAUGGGAUGGUGUUGUAUACGGAUAUAUGAGCAGUAUGUUAAAUGUUAAGUUGUACACAGAUUGUGGUUUCUUGUGGAUAUCUAUACGAUUGAAGAUGCUUGUUAACAAAUGAG